UUUUUUCCACCAUUUAAAAGUAGUUCCUUUGCUCCCUUUCUCUUUCCUUCUUUCUUUAAGCAAAACACACACAUCACAAUGCUCUCUAAGACUUUAGUUCGCUCUAUGGCUACCGUUUCCGAAUCUUCUUUGCCAAAGAAGAUCGGCGGUAAGUACGUCGUCACCCUCAUCCCAGGUGAUGGUAUUGGUAAGGAAAUCACCGACUCCGUCCAGAAGAUCUUCAAGCAGGAAAACGUCCCAGUCGAGUGGGAAGUCGUUAAUGUUUCCGGUUUGUCCCAAGACAACAAAGGUGUCUCCGAAGCUGUUGCUUCCCUUAAGAGAAACAAGGUUGGUUUGAAGGGUAUCUUCUACACCGGUUUCGAGGCCACUUCCACCUCCCUCAACGUUGCCUUGAGAAAGGAAUUGGACAUUUACGCCUCCCUUGUCUUGAUCAAGAACAUCCCAGGUGUCAAGUCCAGAAUGGACGGGAUUGAUUUCGCCCUUGUUCGUGAAAACACCGAAGGUGAAUACUCCGGUUUGGAACACCAGUCUUUCCCAGGUGUCGUUGAGUCCUUGAAGAUCAUCACCAGAGAGAAGUCCGAAAGAAUCGCUAGAUUCGCCUUCGAUUUUGCCAAGAAGAACAACAGAAAGACCGUUACCGCUAUCCACAAGGCUAACAUCAUGAAGUUGGCUGAUGGCUUGUUCAGAACCACCGUGAAGGAGGUCGGUGCCGAAUACGAGGGGAUUGCUGUCAAUGAUAUGAUUGUUGACAACGCUUCUAUGCAAGCGGUUGCCAAGCCACAGCAGUUCGAUGUUAUGGUCACCCCAAACAUGUACGGUGCCAUCCUUUCCAACAUCGGGGCCGCCCUUGUCGGUGGUCCAGGUUUGGUCCCAGGCGCCAACUUCGGUAGAGAGUACGCUGUUUUCGAGCCGGGCUGCAGACACGUCGGCUUGGACUUGAAGGGCCAGAAUGCCGCUAACCCAACUGCCAUGAUCUUAUCCUCCGCCUUGAUGUUGAGACACUUGGGCUUGAAUGAACACGCCGAUGCCAUCUCCAAGGCUACCUACGACGUCUUGGCUGAAGGCUCUGUCAGAACCGCCGACAUUGGUGGUAAGAACACCACCUCCGAGUUUACCGACGCUAUCUUGGCUAAGUUGGCCUAAGAAUCUCGCACCAUUUGCUUUUCUGUCAAAAGUUUGACUCCC